AACGACGGCACCACGCCACUGUUCAUCACGUGCCAGGAGGGCCACCUCGAGUGCGUUCGGCUGCUUCUCGAGGCGGGCGCAGCGAUCGACCAGGCCGAUGAGCAAGGCGCCACGCCGCUGUUCGCGGCGUGCCAGGACGGCCACCUCGAGGUCGCCAAGCUCCUCUCCUCCUACGGCGCCUCCCGCGCCGCUACGCCCUUCGGCACGCCCGAGGAGGUCGCAACCGAAGAAGGCCACGCCGACCUCGCCGCCUGGCUGGUCGCCAGCCGCGGCUGGACGCCGCUCGCGCACCUUGAGACCCUCACCGCCGCCCGCGCCACCUCCCUCCUGCGCAGCGGCGCGAGCUUGCACGAGGGCGAGCCGACGCCGCUGCGGCGCGCCGCGGGCGGCGAGGGCGAGGCGGCGGCGCUGGUCCGGCGGGCGGCGGCGCCGUGGUCGCCGGCAAGCCACUCGCUCUUCCCCGCGGCGGCCCGCGCGCGGGCGGCGCUCCUCGUCCGCUCGAUCUACGAGAUCCACGAGCGGUACCACCUCGACUCGGCCGGAGCCACGAACGGCAUCGCGGCGCUCGACUUUGGCCACUGCGUCUUGGGCUUCGCCAUCGCGCGCGAGACGCAGUAG